GUCAUCUUCCGCUGGCGCGAGCAGUGCGCUCUCGUGCGUCGGGCCGUAAACGAUCGAGAGAAAGUUCAGAGCCAAGGAGACGUCAAGGCUCGUGGCUGCAGCGCAGCUCAAGUUCUUGCUGCACAGGGUUCCCGUGCGCUUCGCGCACAG